ACCAAGACGAACUUCACUGUCCCACGCUCUUCCUCUCUCUUUGGAGGACCGUUCACCAGAAACCUCGCCGGAACCUGUCAGCCACUUUUUUAACCGGCGGACUUCCGACUGAUCCGUUCACGAUGAGCACCGGCGAACUUCUCAGCAUCGAGCCUCAAGAGCUCCAGUUUCCCUUUGAAUUGAGAAAGCAGAUCUCAUGCUCCCUAACCUUGUCCAACAAGAUCGAUAGUUAUGUGGCUUUUAAGGUCAAAACGACAAAUCCGAAAAAGUACUGUGUGAAGCCAAAUACUGGAGUUGUGCUGCCUAGGUCUACUUGCAACAUUACCGUUACAAUGCAAGCUCAAAAGGAAGCACCUCUUGAUAUGCAAUGCAAAGACAAGUUUUUACUUCAGAGUGUGAUUGCAAGUCCUGGAGCUACAACGAAGGAUAUAACUCCGGAGAUGUUUAAUAAGGAAUCCGGGCAUCAUGUUGAAGAGUGCAAGUUGAGAGUUGUUUAUGUUGCACCUCCUCGGCCUCCUUCCCCGGUUCAAGAAGGAUCUGAGGAAGGCUCUUCACCUAGGGCAUCAAUUUCUGACAAUGGAAGCUUCAAUGCUGCAGACCUUUCAUCAGUGUCAAGAACUCCUGUUGAGCGGCAUAAACCUCAAGACAUUUCAUCCGAUGUGAAGUCUCUCAUUUCCAAGCUAACCGAGGAGAAAAAUGCUGCCAUUCAGCAAAAUAACAAGCUUCAGCAAGAUAUGGAACUCUUGAGACGAGAUGCCAAGAGAAAUCAGAGUGGUAUUCCCUUCAUGUACGUGUUUCUUGUCGGCUUGAUUGGCAUCAUCUUGGGAUACCUAUUGAAAAGAACAUGACGACCUCCGAGUUACACAUUCUUUGUUGUUCUUCAAUGCAACUUUCAUGAUGGGAAAGGUAAGUGGUAACUUAUUCUGUCGAAAUGUAGUAUUACUUAUUGUUGUGUAUGGAAUACUGGGAAAGGAAAAACAUGUUCAAUGCGUGGACGUGGAAAGAAGCAUUGUUUGUUCACUGUAUUACCGUGCAUUGAGAGUAGAGUAGGCUUUGAUCUUUCGACUAUGAAUUACUGGAUUUCAUUAUUGUUUGGCCAACUCAUAUAUUAGGUGAAACUAACUCUUUAUUGC